ACAUGUGACCAUAUUAGUGCAAAUAAAUAUCUUCAAAGCAUAAUCACCUGUCCCAGUUUAAAAAAUGAGACUUGUACUCUCGAUACUGUUACUAGCUGUCUCGCAAUGUUUGUGUCAGUCGAACGAUGAGGGGUGGGCUAAUCCAGAGGAAAAAGAAUGCAUACGCAGUUUAUCUUUGGAAGAGUCGCACAUAGGUGAGGUAGUGAAGGCAUACGCGCCAGGUAACCUUCCAGAAGAUGACGACGCUUUCUCCAAGUUCAUCCAUUGUCGCGGUCAACAAAUGGGGGUGCAACACUCAAACGGCGAGUUAAAUAUUGCGAACCUGAUCCAAUUAGUAAAGUAUUUUCCUGAAGGAAUUUUUAAGGAGAACGCUCCAGAAGGUAGCGUUCUUGGAGAGGCUAUAGCGGAGGAGACCAUUAAGCAUUGUAAAAACGUGCCAGUUGGGAAUAGUGCCGGUCAAACUUUAAUUCGACUUCAAAAUUGCAUCGACUCAUAUUUAGUUAGUUAUUAUAAAAAGUAGGUAGUUGUUUUUAUUUAAUAAAUUGUAUUAUCUAUAUCUUCAA